CUCUGUUUUUAAUUCAUUCUCAGGUGCCAACGUUUCGUCGUUGUUUCUGCUACUUCUAACCCGUCUUCGUUCUCUCUUAAAUUUCCUAUCAGGAAGUGCUAAUGGGGACUCUAGCCGUACAACAUGUAACAGUUUCGGAUAAGGUUAAUGGAGGCUUGGAUCAUGGUUGUUGCAGCAAGGGACCAGGAUAUGCGUCUCCGAUUGAAGCCAUGUCUGGUCCUAGAGAAACUAUUCUGUAUGUUACUUGUGUUUAUUCAGGGACAGGAAGAGAGAAGCCUGAUUACUUGGGGACAGUGGAUGUAGAUCCAAGCUCACCAACUUAUUCAAAAGUUAUCCACAGGCUGCCUGUGCCUUACUUACAUGAUGAACUACAUCAUUCUGGAUGGAAUUCCUGCAGUUCUUGCCAUGGAGAUCCAACAGCAGACCGACGUUUUCUGGUCCUACCAUCAUUGGUUUCAGGUCGCAUAUAUGCAAUUGACACGAAGAAUCAAAGGGCUCCAUCUUUGCAUAAAGUGGUUGAGCCUGAAGAGAUUGUGACAAAGACUGGAUUAGCAUAUCCCCACACUUCCCAUUGCCUUGCAUCUGGUGAUAUCAUGUUGUCUUGCCUUGGAGAUAAAGAUGGAAAUGCCGAAGGGAAUGGGUUUCUUCUUCUUGACUCUGACUUCAAUGUGAAGGGAAGGUGGGAGAAACCAGGCCAUAGCCCACUCUUUGGCUACGAUUUCUGGUACCAACCACGGCACAAAACUAUGAUAAGCUCUUCAUGGGGAGCUCCAGCUGCUUUUACAAAAGGAUUCAAUCUUCAGCAUGUUUCAGAUGGUCUGUAUGGACGACAUUUACAUGUAUACAGCUGGCCUGAUGGUGAACUAAAACAAACUUUGGAUCUUGGCAAUACAGGACUGCUACCAUUGGAGAUCAGGUUUUUGCAUGAUCCUUCAAAAGAUACAGGUUUUGUGGGGUGUGCUUUAACAAGUAACAUGGUGAGAUUUUUCAAGACUGCAGAUGGAUCAUGGGAUCAUGAGGUUGCAAUUUCUGUGGAAUCAUUGAAGGUGAAGAACUGGAUUCUUCCAGAAAUGCCUGGGCUUAUAACCGAUUUUUUGAUAUCUCUUGAUGAUCGUUACUUCUACUUCGUGAACUGGCUUCAUGGAGAUGUCAGGCAAUAUAACAUUGAGGAUCCUAAGAAACCUGUAUUGACAGGCCAAGUGUGGGUUGGGGGACUAAUUCAAAAGGGAAGCCCUAUUGUGGCUGUGGCAGAAGAUGGGACAGAACGGCAAUUUGAUGUCCCCGAAAUACAGGGUCAUCGUCUGAGGGGAGGGCCUCAGAUGAUCCAAUUAAGUUUAGAUGGAAAGCGGCUCUAUGUUACCAACUCACUCUUCAGUGUGUGGGAUCGCCAGUUCUACCCAGAUCUUGUAGAGAAAGGGUCACACAUGUUACAGAUCGACGUUGACACGGAGAAAGGUGGCCUGGCAUUAAACCCAAAUUUCUUUGUGGACUUCGGAUCUGAGCCUGAAGGACCUUCUUUGGCACAUGAGAUGAGGUAUCCAGGAGGUGACUGCACUUCAGAUAUAUGGAACUGAGGAUUUGGCAAGCUAUUCAGAGGAAUGGAGUAAUCUUAUAUUUUCAACAAAUUUGUAA